CAGUGAAUCCGGUGACAUUCGCUUAAAGAUCUGUAAUCUGAUGCCCCAGGACAGUGGGAUCUACACCUGUGUGGCAACCAAUGAGCUGGGCUGCACCUCCACCUCUGCCACCAUCAAAGUACAAGGUGUCCCCGGGGCCCCUAGCCAGCCGGUAGCCCAGGAAAGAAGCAGCUCCUCCGUCAUCCUCCGCUGGCUCCCUCCAUCAAGUACAGGGAACUGCACCAUCUCCGGAUACACCAUGGAGUACAAGGAUGAAGGCUCCCAGAUCUGGCAGCAGUCAGUGGCCUGUACACUGGAUACCUACCUUGUACUGGAGGACCUGAGGCCUGGAGGUACUUACCAGUUCAGAGUCAGCGCCAGCAACCCCUGGGGCAUCAGUCUGCCCAGCGAGCCAUCGGAACCCCUUCGGCUGCCUGAGAAUGACGCCAAUACCGAUGGCUCCACCAUAUGCUGGAAGGAGAACUUUGACCAGAUGUACGUGGAGCAGCAGGAGAUUGGACGGGGUCGGUUCGCGGUGGUGAAGAAGUGUGUGCAGAGGAACACGCGGAAGGACGUCGCCGUGAAAUUCGUUAACAAGAAGCUGAAAAAGCGCGAACAGGCGGCUCACGAGGCGGCGCUCCUCCAACACCUCCAACACCCGCAGUACCUCGCCCUCCAUGACACCUACGAGUCGCCCAACGCCUACAUCCUCGUCCUGGACCUGGUGGAUGACGGCCGAUUGCUGGACUAUCUGAUGAAACACGACGAGCUGAUGGAGGAGAAGGUGGCCUUCUACAUGCGGGACAUCCUGGGGGCCCUCCAGUAUCUGCACGGCUGCCGCGUGGCCCACCUGGACCUCAAGCCUGAAAACCUCCUGAUUGACCUCCGUAUUCCGGUGCCCGGGUGGCGCGGGUGAAGAUCAUUGACCUUGAAGACGCCAUGCGGAUUACCGGUCACUAUUAUGUCCACCAGCUGCUGGGGAACGCAGAAUUUGCUGCUCCGGAGGUGAUUAAAGGCACGCCGGUUUCUCUGGCCACCGACAUCUGGAGUCUGGGCGUCUUGACGUACGUCAUGCUGAGCGGUGUGUCGCCAUUCCUAGAUGAGAGCAGCGAGGAGACCUGUAUGAACAUCUGCCGGGUGGACUUCUCCUUCCCAUUGGAGUAUUUCACCAGCGUCAGCCAAGCCGCUCAGGACUUCAUCCGGGCCACGCUGCAGAUGGAUGCCCGCUGGAGGCCAACAGUGGCCACCUGCUUGCUCCACCCCUGGCUCCAGCCUCACUAUAGCAAUUAUUCCAAAAUCCCCCUGGACACCACGCGACUGACAGCCUUCAUCGAGAGACGGAGUCACCAGAACGACGUCCGGCCGCUGCCCAAUGCCAAGUGCUUCAUUGUGAACCGCAAUGCCAUGGGAACAUGA